UAAUAAAUCAUAUAUUUUUUCCAUAUAACUUAUCACCGAAAACCUUGAUUAAGAUAAAUAAUACAUAAUAAAUAUAUUUUAGCAAAAUGAGUGAAUUAAGUUUAGAAAAGCUUCCUCCAGAAAUAUUGUUAAAUAUUGUGAAACGCCUUAACCUAUCGGACAUAGGAAAUUUAAUAUUAACUUCAAAAUACAUAAAAGCAUUUAUAAUUAAUGAAUCUUAUUUAUGGAAAUUAAUAAGCCAAGAUAGACUCAUAAUAAGUAGAAACAUACCCACCUUAAGCUGGUACCAUAGCUGUAGAAUAUCAUAUAAUUGGUGCAAAGGAAUAUUCAAGAGUAAAGUUAUUAUUCAACAUAAAAUUAAUUAUAUGCCUUGGAUGCAACUGUUAUCUCCAAAUAUUCUUUUGGUAUCUUUUGGUUCUGAUCUUGUAUGCUUUUUACUUGAGCACAGUGGUUUCAACAGAAAAUUAUUAUGGAAAUUAACUGUACCAACUAUGGAAAGGUUUGAUGUUCGUACAAAUGAUAUUUCAAGGUUCAUAGUGAAGGACAAUAUGAUUGUAUGUGGAAAUAGAGAUGGCAGUUGUGCUAUGUAUGAAUUCCAUGAUAUAAAAAUAAAACCUGUUUUACUAAAUUACAUACAAAAUUGUCAUAACUUUGGGCUAGAAGAGGUAACAGCAGUUGAAAAAUGGAAAAACUGCAUUGUCACAGCUUCAUAUAUCAGUCCUGAUUUACAUUUCUGGAGGAUGAGUAACAUUGGUUGUAGUGACACCUCUCCAAAUGAAAAUGUGAUUUUUAAAAAGCUUAAGAUUCCUGAAUGUAUUGGAUGUCGAUCAUUAACAACCGAUUCAACAGAAACAAAAAUGGCCGUUGGUCUGAAUGGAAAUAUUAUGCCUGUAUUCAUAGAUCUCAAUACUGGUCAGUAUUUAAUAGCCCCAAAGUCAGGAACAAGGACUUUGAAUCAUGUUGUCAGAGACAUAAAGUGGCAUAAUGAAUCUGGUGUUGUAUAUGUGACACAUUCUGGAAAGUUGCAAUACAUUGACGUAAGGACAGGGGGCUUGACAUAGCAGAAGCUGAAUAUUUAUGAUAGAUUCCAUCAGCCUAGAAAAUAAAGAAGUGAUUGCGAUAGGUCUAUGGCUGGAGACGGUCGUCUUUUUUGGAACUAUUGUCGAGGAAAACGAUAGUCGAUAGGCCGCGUAAGCACCGGAGUCAACUCAUAAGCACAUGUAUUGUGGGUAUCAAGGAAAACCUUCCGCACACCAUUUUGCUUUUGCUAAUGACCAAUAGACCUUUAGAAGGCAUAUUCGCGAGAUUCUCACUAAUUCUGACGAUAUGUUCCGAUUUUGUUCUCACAAUUUCUCGCUUUAAGACCUAUAUCGGGAUCUUAUAUAGCCGUUACGUGAGCUCAGGUCUUAUAUAGCUCUUGCAUAAAACGGGAAGCAUCUUUGCAAGAAUGACCAAGGAACCACAUAGUAUGAGAUAAAGAGUUCCAUUGCAGCACCGCAUCACCGAUAGACUUAGCAUAGGCUAAGAUUACUGUCCUUGAAGCAUACUUGUGACCAUGGGUAUGCUGCAAAGAAAUUAUGCAAGUCAUCCCAAUUAGCCGAUUUGUAUUGGCAGACUCGACGGCAUGCCAGACCAGGCAAUGGUUGAAGUACGCAAGUGGAGCAUGCGCAGUGAACUCGUAGAAGUCUGGGUGAGAAGUCAACAUGAGAUCUAAUAGCGAAGGUUACGCUAAGAUGGAUCUGGUAUUCGUGUAGACGUUGUGACGAAUCCCGACCACUCACUUCCCUACGCCUUAAUAGUCUUAGUCGCCUUUCACGACAUCCACGGCUAGAGAUGGGGAGGCUCUAUUCUAAAAGCCGGCAACACACGGCUUUUAUUAUUUUUUCAUAUAUUUAUCUAUCGUUCUGCUUCUUAUAAAAAAAUACUUAUAUAUUUUACAUGUAUAUUGAUUUCAGACUUAUGAAACUAGAGAUCCAUUUGAUUCAUCUCUUUAUUGCCUAAAAUCAGACGGUGAUAAAGCUGUUGUCACCGGCUCUUCAGAAUAUUCCCGUUGUGUGCUUUAUGAUAUGCGUUCAACUCAUCAUGUACA